GCGAGGAAGCUGUGUGAAAGCAGAAGUCCUCUUUCCUUUUCGGGAUAUCCUACUCCACUAUAUAUAUGUAUCCUUUCCACUGCCCCUUCCACUCUCAAGUCUCAAGUCUCAAGCUUUCCGAAAUUUAAACUCCUCUCUCCCUUCUCGUUCUCUCUCAAACCUCCUUCUCUGUUUUAAGCAAUUCUUGUGCGGCCGUGCCUUCAGAAGAUCUAUACUUCUAUCCAUGGAGACCUCUAACGAAGAUGUUUCUUCUGCUCUCUACCUAAUCAAGCUUCACCUACUUGGUGAGGUAUCCCCUGUGGCUCUGCCCUGCUUAUCUAGUUCAGACAUUGAGGUUUCGUCCUCUGAAUCUCGUUCUCAAUCUCUCUGUUCCCAAACUUCGAGUUCCGACUCUCCCAUGGUAGUCACCAACUUUUCCAGCUCCAACGACCUCUUCGACUCUUUUACCUUCCAGCAUAAUGAAACCGAUUACUUCGGAUUCCGGAAAAGUAUGGGCCUCGCUACGCCUAAAUCCCACCAUUCGAACAACGAUUUCUUUCAAUUCGAAGCCAAUCCCAAAACCCAAACUUCGAUCUCGUACUCCCAAUCAACCCGUGAUUGCUUCGCAUUAGAAUCGAAACCGCAAACAAAUCGGACGAAACCCUCGCUGGUGAUCUCCCUCCCGAGCAAAAGCAACACCAAGUGGAUCCAAAUCGGCAAUCACAAUCACCAGCCGGAUGCAUCAUCGCUCUCCUCCGUAGAGCAAAAUGCGAGUUUCGAAGCCAAAAAGCACUACAGAGGGAUCCGACAAAGGCCUUGGGGAAAGUACGCGGCGGAGAUCCGAGACCCUAACCGGCGCGGCUCGCGUGUAUGGCUCGGGACCUUCGACACGGCUAUAGAAGCCGCCAAGGCCUACGACCGAGCCGCAUUCAAGCUCCGUGGUUCGAAAGCGAUCCUCAACUUCCCACUCGAGGUCGGGAACUCUGAUACAACCCCGGAGGCUGCCGAGAGAAAACGACGUCGUGAGGAGGAGGAAGUGAAGGUAGUGGCCGUCAAGAAGGAGAGGUCGACGGAAUCGAAGAAUACGACCGGUACUUCUUCCAUGGAUGUCCCAUUAACGCCGUCUAGUUGGAAGGCGGUAUGGGACGGUGAUCUUCAAGGGAUUUUUAUUCCGCCAUUGUCACCGUUAUCUCCUCACCCAUCGUUAGGUUAUCCGCAGCUUACGGUCAUAUGAGUGUGUGGACUUUGGACCGAUGUUUUGACUUUUGAGUACCGUAGUCGUUUUAGGGUAGUGAUAGGCUUACUACUUAUCUACUACCCAUCUACUA